AUGUGUAAAGAGCUUGUGGAUUAUUCAGGUGAUGCUGGUCUAAUCCGCUGGAUUCUUUCCAGUGUUGCAGUGGUAAGAGUCUACUGCACUGGAUUUCCCGCUUUCUUUCUUGUGCAGCAAAACAGACUCAAUUACCUUUUAUCAGAUUACUGGGAUUGUCCUUUCAAGGUAGUGGAGAGUCUUCUUACAACAUCUGAAACUGUUUCUGCUGAAGCAGUAAUAGGAAAGAGGCUAUUUGUGAAGGAUAGAACCUCUGGAGAUCUCCUGGAGAAUGCCUCUGGUUCUUCCGUGAAGUCUACAACAGUUCGCUUUCUUGAGUUUUCUGUUUUCUCACAAGAAGGGAUCAACCUUGUUGUUGAUAUCAGUUCAAGCUCAUUGGAUUCGCCUAAGAGAUAUGAAAAUGAAGUCUGCUUGUGUCAAGCUUUCCAGGAGAACAAGUUUCAAAGCUUUCGUCAGGAGCUUGAAUACUUGCAAAAGAACUGUAAACAGAUAAAGAGUUCUUUGACUUGGAGUACAACUUCAAAGACCACAUCUGGAAGUGAUCAUGUGAAAAUUGACUCAUCUCCAAAUUCACUGAAAAGAGAAAAUGAACAUUUGGUGAUUAAUUGUCCAGAUGGGGAAAAUGGGUCUCUGGAAAUGUCUCAAAUGAAAGACUGCAAAGUUGUUCGUGAGGUUUCAGAUGCUGUGGAAAAACAAGAAAAUCCAACUCUUUGCGAGCUUGAUUUAGUUGUUGUUUCUGACACGACCUCAAGUACAAGCUGUGAGGUAAUAGAACCUUCUUGUGCUCCCCAGGCAAAAUCAACCUGCAGUUUCGUGGAAAGCUUAGCAGCAGAUGGAUCAGAAAAUGCAACGGAUUGCCAAAGUACAAGGCUUUGGAAUAAAACUUACAAGAAUGCAGACAUACAAAGCCAUUGGAGUGAAGCAAAUCAUGAAAAUCUAUUUGAUGCUUCUUCAGCAAUUAAUACGCCUGACGUGCAGUCAUCAGAAGAUGCAGGCCUUCAGAAAGAUGCAGCAUGUUCUCCUUUUAUCUAUGAGCCCUUGCUAAAUCCUUUAUAUAAUGUGGAAAGCACUAAAAUGGAAGGGGAAGUAUUGGAGAAUUCUCUUGAAAUUGACCAAAAUGGUCAUUUCAAGUCAUCAUCUGUUGUUGGAGAGGCCUGGAGCUGUAGCGUUAAUGACAUAGAAGCUUCAAGUAAAUCAGGAAACAAAGCAGAAAUGUCCAUAUCUGAUGGAGGAUAUAAAAGAAAGAGACAAUGCUAUCAAUCUGACAAGGUUUUUGGAAUUUGUGGUGGAAAAAUUUUAAGAAGGUCAACGCGUCGUCAUAGUAGCAAAGGUCUCCCAAGAAGAUCCAAGCGGCUUUUUCCUAAGCGACUUUCUGAUUGAACUUGCAAGGCGUUGGAAACUCUGGGAUAGUUGUACAUUCAGGAUUUUCAGUGUUGGAGUUCAGAUUCACGGAAGUACUUAUCCAUAUCUAAUAAAACCUCUGAAGAAUAUUUCUGGAA